ACCAAAAUAUAACAAAAAAAAUUUGCAAAAUUAUGAUAGAUUAGAAACACUUCACGAGCCGCACAAAUGUUGGCCACGGGCCUCAUGUAGCCCGUGAGCCGUGCAUUAGACAGCCCUGAUGUACACAAACAUAUUCUGGACAUACUAUAUAUGCAUUGAUUAUAUAUACAAGAACCAGUUGAAUGAACUAAUGUAAGAAUGUGGUCAUAGAAUAAGCGAUUAUAAUAAUAAAAUUUUGAAUAUAAAGAAUACCAAACAGUUUUGCAGAUUUUGCGCUGGUGCAAUUUUAAGAUUUUCUGUAACACGCUCCUAAUUCAAUUUUGACAGCAAAAGCGAAAGAGAGAUAACAACAUUCGAUGGGAGCGCUAAAGCAAUAACACAAAAAAGUGUAAGUAGGCAAAUGCUACUCAUUCCAUGGCACUAUAAAAAUAAUUUAUUAACUACAUAUCGAAGAGAUUUUGUUUAUUUGGUAUUUUGAGGGAGAAAGAUUUUUAAAAUUGCUCCAACCUAAUGAGUUGAGGAAGUGCUGUCGCUUGAGUAGUAUCGUUGUCGCGGCGUUUGUUAUUGUUACAAAGAAAAACAAUAAUAAAUCAAAUAUAUUUUAUUUCUAUACAUGUUUAAAAAUUAUUAUAAAAUUAACUUUUUACGCGAACGAAAUUGAAAAAUUUUUAUUUAUAAAUAAAAUACACAAAAUUCUUUAUUUUUUGCAAGUGUUUGUGCAUUUAAUUAUUGUUGUUAUAAUACUAUAUUAAAACAAAUUAUUAAAAAAUUAAUUCCAACAGAAAGAUAUUAAAUAUAUUUUUGUGAGUUCAACAGUAAAUGGCCGAAAAUAAAGGAAUCAUGUUAGCUAAAUCUGUGCAAAAACACGCUGGACGUGCUAAGGAGAAGCUUUUACAAAAUUUGGGUAAAGUUGAUCGAACUGCAGAUGAAAUAUUCGAUGACCAUUUAAAUAAUUUCAAUCGCCAACAAACUCAUGCUAAUAAAUUACAAAAAGAAUUCAACAACUAUAUCAGAUGUAUUAGAGCUGUUCAAACUGCUUCCAAAUCUUUGAUGGAUGCUAUUUCUGAAAUUUAUGAGCCUCAUUGGUCCGGUUUUGAUGCGCUACAAGCACAGACUGGUGCAUCAGAAAGCCUUUGGCAAGACUUUGCACACAAACUUGGUGAUCAAGUUUUGAUACCACUUAACACAUAUACUGGACAAUUUCCAGAAAUGAAGAAAAAAAUUGAAAAACGUAAUAGAAAAUUAAUUGAUUAUGAUGGGCAACGCCAUUCGUUCCAAAAUUUGCAGGCAAAUGCUAACAAGCGCAAGGACGAUGUUAAACUAACAAAAGGUCGUGAACAAUUGGAAGAAGCUCGUCGCACAUAUGAAAUUCUAAAUACUGAAUUACAUGACGAAUUACCAGCGCUAUACGACUCAAGAAUAUUAUUUUUGGUAACAAACUUGCAAACACUUUUUGCCACAGAACAACUCUUCCACAAUGAAACAUCUAAGAUCUACUCUGAAUUGGAAGCAAUAGUGGAUAAAUUGGCAACAGAGUCACAACGCGGUUCCAACACACUCCGAAAACAAGCCAGUAAGUUUAUGGAUACGAAUCCUAUCAAAUCUUCAAGUCCAGUACAAUCUCCAGUAAAGCCAUUGAAUAAUGCAAAUGUCAACAGCAAUUAUCAGAAUCAAAUUACAACCAACGGUUCCAGUAACAUUAACAGUCCAACAUCUUCAAGCUCGGAGCAAGAAGCUAGACUUGAUUCAAUUUCUCCAACACCAGAAUCAACACCAGAGAAUCUUAAAGGAGGUUCAACACCCAGCAGCCCAACAACAUCAACAUCAACAAAUGAGCCAUCAUAUCAAAAUACACCAGUAACUAAUACCACUAAUUCCACCAUACCAGCAACACAACUUACAACAUCCACCACUGAAAAUGAUGAGACCACAGAUAAUCCCGAAAAUAAACAUCUGAACAGUCAAAAUGCUAAUGUAACUGAAAGUGACAAAACUACAGCUAAUACAACAACAACGAAAACAGCUACAACGGAAGAAGUCGUUAAUAGUACAACAAAGGUCCUGAAAGGACAACCACAAAUUCCCACAGAAAAGCUUAAUGGUAAUGGCAAUGGAAAUGAGAAUGAAAAUGGCAACAAUAACACAAACACCGCUACAUCUGUAGCAACAAAUAACGGAAAUGUUGAGGAUAAUAAAAAAACAUUAGAUGCUACCACCGCCGAUUUGCCUCCUGGUGUUCUCUACCGUGUGAAAGCUACUUAUGGUUACGUUAAGGAAGAUGUAGACGAAUUGAGUUUUGAAAUCGGUGACAUGAUACGCGUUAUUGAAUACGAUGACCCUGAGGAUCAGGAAGAAGGAUGGCUUAUGGGACAAAAAGAAGGCACUAAUGAGAAAGGUCUUUUCCCUGCUAACUUUACAAGACCAAUAUAAAGCAAUAUACAGCAGAAGGAGAAAUUUUUAAAAUAAUAUAAAAACAACAACAAAAGCAUCAUCUAUUCAUCAAAAAAAAAAAGAAAAAAAUAA